CUUCCUGAUCUUGAUUAGUAUAUAUAGAACCUUUUGCGCUUGGCUAAUCCAUUGAGUAACGUGAGCUUUUGCUAAACAUUAGACCCCACAGGUAGGGCCCGACUCCACUAUUGAGCUGGCAGUACAAAUAUUUCGAUUCUUGGAGAAUCCCCCGAGAACUGUAUUUCCUUGAACACAGCAAAAAUGGUUAUGGGCAAAGUAGUCAGAUGUUUGGCGUUAGGUUUAUGCCUGGCCACUUUAACCGCCGGCCAUGGGCAGCACGCAUUUGUUGAUCAAGAACAAGAAAUCUCCCAAGACCGACUGGCAGAAUUACAGAGAAAGUGGAAUGAUGAGUGGGCAUUCUCUGGGAUCUCGACAUUUGCGCAUCUGCCGCAUCAAAAGUGUCUCGUCCAUCCAGGGGAGUUAUACGACAUUGCCAUUAUUGGAUCUCCAUUUGACACGGCUGUGAGUUACAGACCAGGGGCACGCUUUGGACCACGCGCCAUUCGUGCAGCAUCCGCUCGCCAGACUGCCAAUCGUGGUUUCAACCCCCGCGCUGGCUUCAAUCCGUACACGUCAUGGGCCACCAUCAUGGACUGCGGUGAUAUCCCAAUCAAUCCUUUUGAUAAUGAACUCGCAUACCGCCAAAUGACGGAAGCCUUCUCUGAACUCGCCCAUCGCCCAAGUAAAUCCGGUUCGCAGAAACCUCGUUUAAUCACUCUGGGCGGUGACCACAGUCUUGCGCUCCCAGCUCUCCGUGCGCUCAAUGAGAUUUAUGGACCCGUGGCCGUGCUUCACUUUGACGCACAUCUCGAUACGUGGCACCCGGCAAAGUAUCCGUCUGCGUGGACGUCAGAGCAGUCUCAUUUCAAUCAUGGCAGCAUGUACUGGAUCGCUUCCAACGAGGGUCUCAUUGCCAAUGGUUCAUCGGUCCAUGCUGGGUUGAGGACUCGCCUCUCGGGGAGUGGAUGGGACGACUACGAAGACGAUGAUCGCCAGGGAUUUUUCCGCAUCUCAGCUGACGACAUUGAUGAUAUUGGCGGUCCAGCUGGAGUUGCCAAGCUUAUCGUUGAAAAGAUUGGCACUGAGAUUCCGGUGUACCUGAGUGUUGACAUUGAUGUUGUUGACCCCGGACUCGCUCCCGGAACUGGAACGCCCGAGCCUGGUGGAUGGACAAGCAGGGAGUUAAUAAGGAUUUUGAGAAAUGUCGAGGGGUUGAACGUUGUUGGAGCUGACAUUGUAGAGGUCGCCCCAGCGUAUGAUGGAAGGGGUGAGCAGACGGCACUGGUGGCUGCACAAGUUGUCUAUGAGAUAUUGACAAGUAUGGUCAAGAGGGGUUUGCCUGUUGCGAAGGUUUCAAGCUCGAAGGACAAUGUUAAGUCCGAGCUUUAGAUAUGUUUUAUAUAUACCAAAUACACCUG